UAGCAGUGAUGUCACUAAGCUCCACUCAUGCUCCAAGUCGGGCCCGGAGAAGAAGAUACCGAAGAGGAUAGCUGGAGAACAACAGCACGGAAUGGGACAAGAAAUUCACGUAAACCAGAGUAACCCUCUUCUGGAAUAUUUUGGUUACAUCCGAAGCAGCCAUGACCCCACACUUUUGGUGUCUCCAUUGGUUCUGGCUGGAAUUGUUAUUGGACUGGUUCUAUUUCUCUCCUGCAUUACUAUCAUCAUUGGAAGCCUAAGAAAAGAUGGAGGUGAAAGAGACUGGCACCUUGAGAAUCUGAGCUAUGAUGGGAUCUCCUAUGCAACAUCUUCAUUCGGAGACUUGAGAUCUGUCUGUACAGAGGACAUUUCUCCAGCCAUAGAAUUUGACUCAUACCUAGAACUUAGCGCUUCUUAUCCAGAUUAUCCGCCGUGCUAUGAAGACUGUGUUGGGCCAGGAACCUUGGGAACAUACCUCCCAGCAGAUGAUCCACCACCUUACUCCUUACAAGAUCCACAUCUAUCACCUGAUACUAGCACUGAAGAGAUGCCUAUGAGUUCACAAACCAACACAAGACACUUCCAGGUCUCCUCCACCUCGACCAUGUCUACUGUUGAACUACACGUUGUUCCACCAAUUCAAACUAUGGCCAAGAAAAGUCUUCACCUCCCUAUAAUAUCAAUAAACAUACUGAAAGACGUCUCAUCACCAGGCAUCGUUGUGUCAGAAGAAAACUUGACUUGGCAAUGUCCUUGAUAUGUGUCUUGUCCAUUUCCUGGGAACAAUUUGUUGUCUCCCAUAUAACAGCUACAUAUUUGUGUGACAGUGUGACUUAAAGUAUUCAUCUUUAGAAGUGCAAUUAGUUUAUAUUUAGCAAUAAACAGGUGCAAUAGUUCUAUAAAGAAAUUUUAAUACAUAUUAAUGAGGACUAUUAAGAACUACAAUGUCUAAUACUAUUUGGAUAGUGUCAUUAUUUAACCUCCAUACACCCCCACAAUCGUGUGGCCGGUUAUCUAUUUCAUGACAAACAGAAUUAAGGCAAUACAGUGAUCCCUCAACAUUCAAUAGUUUCAUUGUAUCAUUGUAACUUGAAACCAGACUCAACAUACAAUAGUAUGGACAGCCCAGAUCUGUGAAAUGUGUCAAUGGCUGGAAGAAUUGACCAAUCAGAAUGGGCAUUCAC